GUCACAGAGAGAAAAAGGUCCUUAAUUGCAAAGCAGAGGUGAGCUAGGUGUUCUUGAGAUGAGUUUCUAGAGAAAACCUCCGUCUUUCAUCAAUUGGCUGGGAGUAAAGGUAGGGGUUAAUUGGCAAAUACCAAACAAAUGAAAAGGCUUUAAAUUGUGAGCCUCUGUGGCUCUCUCUCUCUCUCUCUCUAUAUAUAGAGUAGUUAGUGGGAAGUGAAUGGUGGCAUUGAAGGUAGGUGAGUGAUCAUGAUGAUGAUAUUCCAAGUGCAUAUUGUUGGGUGGGAUUGAUUCAAGUUGGUUCUUUCUUGGUAGCUCUUCUUUACUCUCUUCAGUACUUAAUUUGAGCUAGCUACCACUGCACUGCUCUUAAUUUUGGGCAAAGGAAAACAAAAGAAAAUUAAGAAUGAGCUACUUGGGUGUGGGUGUUAGUCCUGGGAAUGUCCCAGUGUCUCACAGCAGCAGCACCACAAAUCUAAAAGUGAUCGAUCGGAGAGUGAGGGUGGCAGAGUUGGUCUUGAGGUUUCUCAUCUGUGGUCUCGGACUUGCCGCUGCUCUUCUUGUGGCCACUGAUACUCAGGUCAAAGAGAUCUUCAUGAUCAAGAAGAAGGCCAAGUUCACGGACAUGAAGGCCCUUGUGUUUUUGGUGAUAGCCAAUGGAAUAGCUGCUGCUUACUCUUUGCUGCAAGCACUGCGCUGUGUUAUGAGCAUGGUUAGAGGAAAUGUUCUCUUCAGCAAGCCCUUAGCUUGGAUUAUAUUCUCAGCUGAUCAGGUGAUGGCAUAUGUGGCUGUGGCUGCAAUAGGAGCUGCGGCACAGUCUGCGGCCUUGGCCAAGUUGGGGCAGUCGGAGCUACAAUGGAUGAAGAUCUGCAACAUGUAUGACAAGUUCUGCAACCAAGUUGGGGAGGGAAUUGCGAGCGCGGUGAUAGUUGGCCUCAGCACAAUCCUCAUCUCUUGCAUUUCUGCUUUCAAUCUCUUCCGAUUGUAUGGUGGCAACAAGAACAAGAGCAGCUCCAGGUGGUAGUAGGUCGGAGGGAUCAUCACUUUUGUCUAUUAUACAUAGCAACUACCAACCACCAACUACUUGUGUAACUAGAAGCUUUACUGCUCUACCUACUUGAUCGUUUACUCACCCUUCAAAUCCAUUGGUAUAUUGACCAUUGCCCUUCUUAUGUGUGAUGAGCUUAUACUGAUGAAUGAUGAUCAUGUAAGUUUAGGCUUUUGGCUACCUUUAAAUUUCAUAAUAAUGUGAGCUCAAGUUUUUUGUGUAGAGUGAGUUUGUUCCAUGUAUUUACUUUUCCAGUUAAUAAUUC